AUGGAUUUAUCUGAGAUAAUAUUUAUUUGUUCAUUAUUAUGUGUAUCAUUAACACAAGCUAUCAAAUGUAAAUGUACAAAAGAAUCGGAGACGAUUACCUGUUAUGAUGGAGUAUGUGAAGCUGAAGGCGGCUCUUGUUUAAUGCUUGAUCAUCCAAGUAUGGGAGUUCAUUAUACAUGUCAUAAUAAAAGCUUAAAAGAUGGUGCCUGUCUAUUCAAAACAUCCAAAAGUGGAGCAAACGUACGGAUAUGUGCUUGUAAUCUGAUGGACUUUUGUAAUUUCUCUUAUUGGCCAGAAAAAUCAACUAGAUCGAUUCCAGCUGAAUCUCGUGUAGCAAUGGAUCACGAUGAUCCAAAUGCUUCUACAACUAACAGCUUUACAACAUUAAGCUUCCUCAUUUGCAUAUUGAGCUAUAUUCGAUUAUUAUAA